UCGAGAGUCGGAGAUGAUGAUCGUCACGCACGCAGUUCUGUCUCUACAAUGAGACCCUUCUGACCCUGUCAAGUGGCCUACCGUAGGUUUGGUUGAUGAGACGGCGGAUAUUAGUCCUGGCACCACGCCAUUUCUCAUCCUGCAUGCAUUCGCAAUGUACGACACACCACGGCCUGUGGGUGAGGUUGUUGAAGCGCGUCGCAAAACAGGGCAGCGAAGCCGAGCAUGCAGGGCCUCCGACACCCAGUGGUUGGCAGUCCCGGUCCGGCCAUCUGACCGGGAUGCAGUCUUUUAACCCGCCGGCACCAAGGAUGAAGGCCGCAACCGACUGUCACCAGGUGGAGGAUGAACUUGGUCAACAGCACUCGGAGGCUCGGGUAGCUUGCAUUCACACCCUAGGUAUGCAACGCAACGCUGCGUUUAAACUUUGGGUAACACCAAUAAGGCCCCUCCCUCAAAGGCUUCUCCGCACGUGCUUGGCUCAUCAGGCACGGACGUGCCUGGUGACUUUCCCACUGCCAAGUGCGCGACGAACUCGGGAAGAUCUGCCCUGCUCGUGUUGAUGUCAGUCAUUACGGCAACCGACGGAUAUCGCCCGCGUGACAGACAGUCAGUCGCUCUCCGCUUGGUUACAUUGCAGCCUUACCGAAGUGCAGCCACCCCUGGAUGCGCUUGCCGCAAGAGAAUGUCUGGCUUGUUCGUCUAGUCCUAGCUGCACCGCAGUCAUCUGGUGAGGGUGUUAUUGGAUGGAACAGCAGGGACCAGAAGCCGGAGAUGAGAAAGGGGGGCCGCAGCGGUGAAUAGCGCAUACUGAACAGUAGACAAGAAAGCACGAGCGGCCGCAGGCGCCAAAGCAGAAGCAGGCGGAAGGCAGGAGAAAAGCAGGGGU